AUGCCACCAGUAUUGACCGUGUUCCCGGAAUCAUGUUCCGAUAAUGAUGACAAUAACACGACAACCACCAACUCAUAUCCCGUGACACCGACUACAUUAGCGGCAUCACCGGUAUCAUUUACACUCGUUCAACAUUAUGAAGACGUGAAUAAUUUUAAGCACGAAAAUCAUGAAAAUAAUCGACCUAUAACACCACCACUUGAAAAAGAACAACAAACGAAAACCACCAAUACAAGCAAAAGGCGCAAAAAUUAUAGACAACAAUAUACCCUUGGAUAUUUCCUCGAACGAGCCGCACCAAUUCCGGAACUUUAUUCCGGAUUUAUUGAUGAUAAUUUAUGUAGACCCAUAAAAAGGAUAUGCAUAGGAUCUUACGGACCUAGCCGAGCAAACACGGAGGAAACCGAUGAGCACGUGAGAGAUCGCCCAAAUAAGUUAAAUGAUAACGACAAUGACAAGCACCAUAAAGAUCAUAAAGAUAAUAAAAAUGGUAACGACAAUAAUGACAAUAAAGAUUAUAAUAAAGAUUACAAUAAAGAUAAAGAUGAUAACAAGAAUCAAGAUAAAGAUAACCAUAAAGAUAAGGAUGAUAAAGAUAACAAAGAUCAAAUUACCGCAGUUAGUAGUACAACGGGAGUAGUGAAAAGUAAGAAUCCGAAUUAUCCGAUUCCAAUAUCUAAAGAAGAAGUAAGAAAAAAAUGGAGUACGGAUAAUCAAAAAACAUUUCUCGCAACAUAUUUAUGCAAUGGAAAAGAUUUUGCUGGUAUUGCACAAAAAACCGGAAAAAAAUCUACCGAAGUAGUAGAAUAUUAUUAUAUGUUUAAACAUAAUAAGGAUUUUAGAGCAGCUAAAGAAAUGAUGAGAGAAAAUCAAGCAUAUGAAGAAUAUCUUGGAUCAAUCGAAGCAGAAAUGAAAGCUAUUGAAAAAAUGGCUCAAUCUUAUGCACCAAAAUUUUCUG